AUGGAUCAAUACUAAAAUACUUUUUAGAUGUUAGGACAAAACAUGUUUUCCAAAGCUCCACCUAGUGGUUAUAGUGCUGGAUAUCAUCCUAUAAUUUAAGCCAAUUCUAAUAAAUAGAAGUUUGAUUAACUGAUAUAGUUAAUGUAAUAAUAGGAGUAGACAGUAAUAAAAAAUGCUUAAAAAGGUUAGUGAUUAUAAUACGAGAAUGAAGGAGAAAGAAGAUCAUCUAUAUUAUUUAGAAUAACAAUCUAUGCAAUUAUAAAGAGAUUUGAUUUAAAAAGAUAAAUAAAGAAAUGAACAUAAUCAAAUACAUUACAAAAAUUAUUCACCUACUUUUAAUGUUUAAAACACUGUUCCAAUGGAGCCAUUGUAAACUGAAUUAUAAUCAGUUUAGAACUUAAAAUAAAACAAAUCUAUAUAAGCAGUAGAUUAUCCAGAAAUAUAGUCUUAAUAAAUGCAACGAUAAGCAUCAGCUUAAAGUAAUUAGAAUUAGACAAGACCUUAAUCUAAUACAAUUUAAGGAAAUUAGAAAUUGUUAUAUAUGCAAAAACAAAUUGAAGAAUAAAAUCAAUAUAUUUAAUAACUGUCUACUUUGGUUGGGAAUAGGAAACCAAUAUUUGAUCCAGAGAAGGAUGAUAGUUUAGCAUAAUUAUUGAAUGAAAGAGAUGAUUUAUAAAAAUAACAUAUUUUGAAUGAAAUAAAGUAAUUAAAAUAGAGAAUAGAUGAAUAUGAUCACUCAAGAUAAUAAAUAUAAUAUGGAUUUAUACCUUAAUAAUAAUAACUAUUAUAAUAAUAGGGUAUGAUGUAAUAUUAAAAUCCUUAUGGAAUGUAUCCAUAAAUGUAUCCUCCAAAUAUUUAAUUAUAAUAAUAAUAAUAAAGUGAUGAAUCUGAUGAUAAUGAUUUAAAUAAUGAAAUUUUAAUGAAAUUGAUUGAUCAAUAAAAUAGAUAAAAUAAGAGAGGAUCAAGAAAUAAAUAGAAUAGUCGUGAUAAUAAGGAUAGAAAUUAAAAAAGAGAUAGAAGAAAUACACAAAAGAAAAAAUAAUAAGAUGAUGAUAAUAAUAAUAAUCAUGGAAAUGAUGAUUGA